AUGAGAGCUUCCGGCAUUCGAAGCGAUUUUCGACGCGGGCUAACAGUAAUCGAGCGAUUUCCGGCAUUGCGAACGGCCAGAAAGGCCUUCGUCAAGGCGAUCGGUAGCAUAGCUCGUGGUCUUCUUCCAGAGCUUGAUUUAAGACUGACCAUAGGGUUCCGUUCGAUGUCUGAUAGCGAGUCAUUUUUCGAGCGUGAUCCCAAUGCGUUCGAUGGGGAGUCAUCAGACGAUCUUUUUGACUCCGACAGCGAUGCGGUAGGCCCCGAUGCCAAGGACGGAAGCGACACCGAUGUUGAGAUACUCGGUGAAGGCCAUAGCUCCAUUCCUUUACAUGGCAUCGGGAAGGGGGCUAAUGAUUGCACCGGUACCGUUGCCUAUUGUCUAUAG